UCAAGAUAUUGAUGCGAUGCGUGCAAAAAAUACCUCAGUGAACUUAUCUGAUCUUGUUGAGAUUCAAGUUAAAUACAACAAACAUCUGCCAAAUUUGCAUGAGAUUGAUUAAACUCACUCACUCGUCCAGGCCGAGGAGGAAGAAAGACCGACUAUUCGUUAUAUAAAUUUUUCUGAGAUAAUUGCAGAUUGUUUGUUACAAUGGUGGGUCGACUCCAAGGAAAGAAAGUGGUUAUAACUGGAGCGGGGGCAGGAAUUGGGCGAGCAUCAGCCCUCCUAUUUGCGAAGGAGGGUGCCCUCGUGUACCCGACGGAUCGUGACCUUGACCUCGUCACGCAGCUCGUGGGCACGCCCGGAAUCGUGAAGGCUAUAAGGCUCGAUAUCCUUAAGAAGGAGGAUGUCGACGCCGUUGCGAAGGAAAUCGGAAGGGUGGACGUUCUCUUCAAUUGCGCUGGUUGGGUUCCCGGUGGUAGCAUUCUCGAAACCUCUGAUGCCACAUGGGAUCAGGCUAUGAAUCUCAACGUCAAGGGAGCAUUCUGGAUGAGCCAGGCUUUCAUCCCCCUCUCCCUUGCAGAAAAGAAGGGAUUAUCAAUUGUGAACAUGUCCAGCGCCGCCAGCUCGAUUAAAGGCGUCCCAAAUCGGUGCGCCUAUUCUGUUUCGAAGGGGGCUUUGAUCGCCCUCACGAAGUCGAUCGCUGCCGAUUUUGUCGGCCAAGCCAUCCGAGCAAAUAACAUUUGUCCAGGAACCGUCGACACGCCCAGCUUCCGUGGUCGCGUAAACGACAGCGCCGACCCAGACCAAGCCAUGAAGGAUUUCAUUGCUCGGCAGAAAAUGGGACGGCUCGGAACGGCAGAGGAAAUUGCGGCCUUGGCGCUGUAUCUGGCAUGCGAUGAGUCAGUCUACGUCACUGGACAAGAGUUCAUCAUCGAUGGUGGGUGGUGCUUGUAAACAACAACUUAUCGAAAGGAGUGGAGUAAAAUUCCGAAAUUUCUUAUUUUUCUGAUUACAUAAUUUGCAAAACUUGUCUUCAAAAUUUGUCAAAAAAUGAAUACAAUCUCUUCGUUCCAAAUAAAAUUGGGAUAAAAAAUUUAAUCAAA